UUCCCUAAAAUAAGAACCCUUUUUAAUUUUAAACUACUAUUUCCUAAAUGAGAUCUAACCAUUAACAAGUGCCCCCCAUACCCAUUUUACAGUCACAAGUUCCAUCCCGAGAAAACAGAAGGAAGAAGGAAUCGCCAAAAGAAAAAAGCAUUCAAACCCACUUUUAUUGUCUUUCCUCGGGCUUUAUAUCUCUCAUUCCUUACAAAAAUCACUUCUCGAAAGUUAAAGAAGAAGAAGAAGAAACAUGCAAUCCUUUUUAAGCCUCCAUUGCAGCUAUGGCCUUCCACUGUGCACAUCAGGGAUCAAAAAUCCUCUUGCUCUCUCUAAAGAGAUAGCAGAUCAUGAACGAAGAAGAAAAGCAUUGAAGAAGAAGAUCAGGAGGCAAAGAUCAUCGCUAGAGAGUGAAAGUAAUUUCGUUGCAGAUCUCAGCAUGAGUAGGAGUAGGAUUAGAGUGGAGAUGAUAGAUGAAAGCAAAAAUGAAGAUCUGAUUGAAGAUCUGAAUGAUUUAAUUUCUAAAUGUAUUAUUGGUCAUGCAGCAAAAGCUGCUUAAAGAUUACUGACUUUUAAUUUAUACUUGACCAAUCUUCUGUAUUACUCAUUUGAACUUGAUUUAUGGAUGGAUCUUGGAGGUUUUAUUGUUGUAUUACAGUGAUCAUCUUUGAAAUGGAAAUGGUACCAUUGAUAAUUGUAUUACA